AUGAUUCUUCUUGGUGCUUUCGCAGCUUUGAUCUACUUUAUUUGUGUUGUUGCCCUUGGAUUCUGCAUGUCAGCGUGAGCUUUACAAGCUUGCCUUUUAUAAUCAGCCAUUGUUUAGGUACUUUGUAAUUCUUACGGUCACAAAGGUAACGAUUUUUACUCCUGAUUAUGAAAAAGGAGUUCAAGUCUGCCAAAGGAGAGAAGAUGAUGAAUCGGUGACAAUCGAUGAGACUGGGUUAACAUAGCCGAGGAACCAGGUAAAGGUUCCCAAUUGAUGUUAAAUGAACGGUUUGUGCAUACUGCUUCCUUGAUUAAUUAAAAUCGCUUUAUUGGUCCUGCACCUCUCGUUAUAUCAGAUGCUAUGUGCAUGUUUUUCUUAUUCUUACAGUACGAACAAAUCCUAAUGCUUGAAAGCCAAACGCUCGUGAUCAUGUUUCUAGUUAUUCUUACUCUACUUUUUGGAGCUGUUGUGUAGGGCACCUUCAUUUUCAUUUGGGACAAUUCUGUUUCAUUCAGAGUUUGCUAUAUAACCAUUGUCGCGUGGGCCGUUCUGUUUGCUCGUACUACCAUGAAGUCGUUACGCCGCUCGCAGGAAAGCAGGACUUUCGUAGUUGUCCAGAAAAACGGCUUUGGUUUUCGUGACAAUUUUUGCACUUCAUGAAGCGGUGAGCCAAGAGCAAACCUUGCAAUUUUCCACGGUGAGAACACACUUUUUUUCUUCCUUGCCUUUUUGUAAUGAACCGUUUGCUCUGUCUUCCUCUUACGGGUUCUGUUACUGGUUUCAAACCGUCCGUUACUUUUUUAUUUUUUAAAAUUUACUUUGCUAAUUCAUGAUUGCAGUAACUUUUCGUUUGCUGCUCCGCUCAAAACCAUCAUGCUUUGCUUCGAGACUAGCCUUCUCAAGUAUCUUUACGUUCUGAUGCUCAUCCUCUGGGCCGUCGCUUUGUGAGUAACUGAAAACCCCCUCUCCUUCAAUCAAUCUCAACUUUCAGCGUUUGCUUGUUCUCCGGCCUGCUCAACGAGUGGUUCUUCCCGGAACCAGAAGAGAAGGAGGAGUUCGAAGAGGUGAUCGCUCCGUCGGGUGAACCAAAGUUCGUCGCUCUUGACGUUGCUCAGCUGGAUCGCGUCCACGGGUGUGCUCCGUACGAGCCGCACAUCCACGUUCCUGAUUCGCUCCCUCUCGUUCAAAUUUGA